UUCAGAAUGAACUCAAGUCAAGAUCAGAUAAUGGAUAUCACUCCUCUUUGCUAUGAGUUUUCAAACACAUCUUGUCCAAAGCAUAUUUAUCCUGUACUUUUGAAGGUGGCCCUUUACUUGUUCUUCAGCUUAGUGGUGAUUUUAACAGUAUUGGGAAACUUGUUUGUCAUCAUAACUAUUUUUCAUUUCAAGCAGCUGCACAUGCCAACUAACUUCCUGGUUCUGUCUCUGGCUGUAACUGAUCUGCUGCUGGGUGGAUUUGUGAUGCCUCCCUGCAUGUUACGUACUGUGGAAACUUGCUGGUAUUUGGGCACUGCAUUCUGUAAAAUACACGCCAGUGUUGUGAUCAUGUUGGCCACGGCUUCUAUUAUUAAUUUGUCUUUCAUAUCAAUUGAGAGAUAUUACGCUGUGUGUAAACCUCUGAUGUAUCAGAGUACAAUCACCUCUUUUGUCACAUUAAUAAUGAUUUUAAUCUGCUGGAGUGUCUCAAUUUCAGUUGGCUUUGUAAUAAUAUUUCUGGAGAUCAACCUUCUGGGGGUUGAAGACUUUUACUAUGAAAAUAUUGAAUGCGAAGGAGGCUGUGUGUUAUUUCAAAGCAAAACCUCAAGCACUUCUUCCUCUUUGCUUUCCUUUUAUUUCCCAGGCAUUGUGAUGCUCAGUAUAUAUUUGAAGAUAUUCCGUGUUGCUCAAAAGCAAGCAAAAUCUAUUCAGGACUCAAAAUCUAAAAACAGUGUGCAAAAAAUAAGUAAAGAAGAGAGAAAAGCCACUAAAACUUUGGCCGUAAUUUUGGGUGUAUUUCUGUCACUUUGGACACCGUUUUUUAUCUGCAAUGUUAUAAAUCCUUUUAUUGCAUACUCAGUUCCUCCAGUACUGUAUGAUGCAUUUGCAUGGAUUGGACUUAUGAAUUCAACCUGCAACCCUAUUGUUUAUGCUUUCUUCUACAAGUGGUUUAGAAAAGCAUUCAGAAUUAUUUUGUCAGGUCAGGUUUUUCAGCCAGGGUCUUCAAGAAUUCAUCUGUUUUCACAUUGA